AAUUGACCCCACCAACCAACCCCAAGAGAAGCAAACUCAAGCUUCUCCAACUUGUCCCACUUCAUCUUUAAAAUCUUCCCCCCACAACCCAUUCUUGUCUUCCAUUAAUGCUUCCCUAUGGACCAAAACUCUCACAUCUAAACCUUCAAAACUCAUUUGAACCCAUUUUUUUUUUAUACCCUCUUUCUUUCUUAUUUUUUUUUAAAAAAUGAAAUUUCUUUCUCUUCUGAAGAACAAUGAUGCAAGACGAUCCUCUUCUGCAUCAUGGGCUUGGCCAUCCUGUCACCAAGCCAAAACCCUUUCUUUCCGAGAAAACAUCAUCAUCAACAACAACAACAACAAAAACGACGUCGUUUUCAAAGCCAUUAACUCAGCAGCGUUGGUGGAAGAAAGCCCCGAAUCGUUCUUCACCGAGUCUCCAAACUCUGCAAGCUUCUCAACAGCUUCUGAAGAAUGGGAACCAAUCGAGACAGUGAUUCGUGGGUUGCGUUCGGAUCGGCUUUUCUUCGAGCCAGAUGAGACCAGUUCCUUGUUAGAUUCCAAAUUAGCUUCUGGAACAUUCUACGUUCCAUUCAAAGACAGCGUGCUCAUGUCCAUGGAAUCAAAAAACCCUUACGUAGAUUUCAAAAGUUCUAUGGAGGAGAUGGUGGAGACUCACGGUGUCAAAGAUUGGGAGAGUCUCGAAGAGCUUUUGUGUUGGUAUUUGAAGGUGAAUGGGAAAAGCAAUCAUGGGUAUAUUGUUCGUGCUUUUGUUGAUUUAUUAACCGGUCUUGCAGUUGAUACUUCUGCUUCUUCAUCAUCGUGUUCAUGUUCCCAUUCUCCUUUAUCGGGUUGCAGUUCUUCUCUGUCUUCUUCUUGUUGCACUCGUUGUGUUUCGUGUUUAGAAGGUGAAGACGAGAUUGUUGAGGAGGGUCUUUGUUCUUCUUUGUUGUUAGCACAAAUUAAGGAAGAUGUUACACCUAAAGAUAAGGCUUCGUCUUCAUCUUCAAAAGCCUAAAUUAUUAAUGUUUAGUGAAUUAGUAUGUAAAUCAAAAUCCUUAGGUGAAAGUAUAACAUUACAUUUUUAUAUUUUAUGAAAAGUGAAUUGAAUUCCAUUAUCUCUCGGUUGUUCUCCUUCUCUCCACAUUCUGUGUGCCGUUGUGUUCGACUGUGUGGUGGUGUCACACGAGUGAGGAAAGCAAGCGUGUGGGAGAGAUAAAAACAUUGAUAAUGACAUGUUUAGGCUGUGUUUGGCCCAAUUUAAAAAAAAAUAAAU